AUGGAGCCCACUGUUGAUGACGUCCAGCUCGUGCCCAAUGCAACAAAGAAGCCCCCCACCCUGGACGCCGCGUGCUGUCGCGCCACCGUCACCGUGGUGGUGGCCACAAGCGUCUUCGUUGUCUCCCUGGGAGUCCUUCUGGCCCUCCCCUCUGCCCGGGGCGUGGACGUGGAGCACACGGUGCAGCUACGGGGGAUCCCCUACGCCAGCAGCCUGCGGCAGGAGGCCUCAGACUAUUACCAGACGCUGACGCCCACCCUGGAGACACUGUUUGUAAGCAGCUUCCAGAAGACGGAGCUGGAGAGCAGCUGCAGGAGCUGCGCGGUGCUGCGCUACAGGGACGGCAACGCCAGCGUCCUGGUGCGGUUCCAGCUGCGCUUCCUGCUGCGAGCCCCCCAGACGCUGAGCCUGGGCCUGGAGGAGGGGCUCUUGCAGCAGGGGCUUCGCGCCAGGCUCGGGGACCGCGGCAUUCCGCUCGCCGCCUACGGCACCAUCGUGUCCGCCGAGCUCGUGGGAAGCCAGAAGGAGCCACUUACAGAAAGAGAGUUAAAAUCAGGUCGCUGUCCUGGGAACGCCUUUUCCUGCGGGAACAGCCAGUGCGUGAGCAAGGUGAACCCCGAGUGUGACGACAGAGUGGACUGUGCCGACGGCUCCGAUGAGGCCCACUGCGACUGCGGUUUGCAGCCCGCCUGGAGGACCGCUGGCAGGAUCGUGGGCGGCGCCAAGGCGGCCCCGGGGGAGUUCCCGUGGCAGGUCAGCCUCCGCGAGAACACCGAGCACUUCUGCGGAGCCACCGUCGUGAGCGCCAGCUGGCUGGUGUCCGCCGCCCACUGCUUCAACGAGUUCCAGGACCCAUCUGAGUGGGUGGCCUACGCAGGCACCAUCCACCUCAGCGGCUGGGAGGCCAGCGCCGUGCGGGCCCGGGUGGUGCGGAUCAUCAAGCACCCCUCCUACAACGCCGACACGGCCGACUUCGACGUAGCGCUGCUGGAGCUGGCCAGCCCGCUGCCCUUCGGCAAGUACAUCCAGCCCGUGUGCCUCCCGGCGGCCGACCACGUCUUCCCCCCCAGGAAGGAGUGCCUCAUCUCAGGCUGGGGCUACCUCAAGGAGGACUUCCUAGUCAAGCCGGAAGUGCUGCAGAAAGCCACCGUGGAGCUUCUGGACCAAGCCCUGUGCAACAGUCUUUAUGGCCACUCACUCACCGACAGGAUGGUGUGUGCCGGCUACCUGGACGGCAAAGUGGACUCCUGCCAGGGCGACUCAGGAGGCCCUCUGGUCUGCAAAGAGCCUUCCGGAAGGUUCUUCCUGGCAGGCAUCGUGAGCUGGGGAGUCGGUUGUGCAGAAGCCCGGCGGCCAGGGGUCUAUGCCCGUGUGACCAGGCUUCGUGACUGGAUCCUGGAGGCCAUUGCCAUGGCCAGCAGGCCCCUGGCUUCUACCUUGGCUCCUGUCCAUGCCACCACCAGCAGCGCCUCGACCACCAGCCCCGAGAGCCCUGUGGUCGACACCCCAACCAGACCCACACGGAUCCCCAGCACAGCAGCCCUGGACUCAGCCACUGCCUCCAAGCCACAAGGAGAUGGAUGGUUGAUUAGUGAUGUCUGUCAUGGGCACAAGCAUGGACAAAAGGGUGACUCCGGGGGUCCCCUGGCCUGUGAGGAGACCCCUGGCGUGUUCUACCUGGCGGGGAUCGUCAGCUGGGGCAUCGGCUGUGCCCAGGCCAAAAAGCCAGGCGUGUACGUCCGGAUCACCAGGCUGAAGGGCUGGAUCCUGGAGACGAUGUCCUCCGACCCCCUCCCCACAGCUCCCCCCUCGACCGCAAGGACACCCACCACCCCAAACCACCCCCUGAGGACAACUGCUGGUCUGGCAGUCUCAGGAGUCACCGCCAGCAGGGCCACCAGCCAGUCUGCCAGCACCACUGUCCCUGCACCAAGCACCACCACUAGGAGACAGACGCCACUCCCAAGCACCCCAGGGACCAGCACACACUCGCAGCUCUCAGACUGCGGCCUGGCGCCCGCGGCGGCGCUGACCAGGAUCGUGGGCGGCAGCGCGGCGGGACGCGGGGAGUGGCCGUGGCAGGUGAGCCUGUGGCUGCGGCGCCGGGAGCACCGCUGCGGCGCCGUGCUGGUGGCGGAGAGGUGGCUGCUGUCGGCGGCGCACUGCUUCGACGUCUAUGGGGACCCCAAGCAGUGGGCGGCCUUCCUGGGCACGCCGUUCCUGAGCGGCGCUGACGGGCAGCUGGAGCGCGUGGCACGCAUCUUCAAGCACCCCUUCUACAACCUCUACACGCUGGACUACGACGUGGCGCUGCUGGAGCUCGCGGGGCCCGUGCGCCGCAGCCGCCUCGUGCGGCCCAUCUGCCUGCCCGAGGCCGCGCCCCGGCCUCCCGCUGGCGCGCGCUGCGUCAUCACCGGCUGGGGCUCGGUGCGCGAGGGAGGCGCGAUGGCGCGGCAGCUGCAGAAGGCGGCCGUCCGGCUCCUGAGCGAGCAGACCUGCCGCCGCUUCUACCCGGUGCAGAUCAGCAGCCGCAUGCUGUGCGCCGGCUUCCCGCAGGGCGGCGUGGAUAGCUGUUCGGGUGACGCUGGGGGACCCCUGGCUUGCAGGGAACCCUCAGGCCGGUGGGUGCUAACAGGGGUCACCAGCUGGGGUUAUGGCUGCGGGCGGCCACACUUCCCGGGCGUCUACACUCGGGUAGCGGCUGUGAGAGGCUGGAUCGGGCAGAACAUCCAGGAUUGA